AGGCAACCAAAGUAGGGGAUCUCACGGUCUCACCCAAGUCCCCAACACAAGCCAAGUUUGGCACUCCGGCGCAUCGCAGCAGCAAAUAGGCUUAGACGAGGGGAAUAGCCAGCCAUGGCCGUCGCCGCACGCGCCCGUACCUCCUCCUCUUUCCUCCGCGGCGCGGCCGUGCUGAGGCGGCCGCCGCACCGAUCCAUCCACGAGGGGCCCGACACCAUCGACGAGCUCCUCGACCGCCACCUCGCCAAGAAGCCCCACUCCUCCGCUGUGCUCGACGGGGACGCGGCGGAGGCCGAGGCGCGCCGCCGGCUGACGAGCUCGCGGCGGGAGGCGCUAGGGCUGUACCGGGACAUCCUCCGGGUCACGCGGCUGUUCGAGUGGCCCGACGACCGCGGCGUCCCGUGGCGCGAGGUGCUGCGCGCCAACGCGCGCAGGGAGUUCGAGGAGGCCCGCGGGGAGCGCGACCCGGAGGUGGUGGCGAGGCUCCUCAUCGGCGGCCGCGACGCCGUGCAGCAGGCGCUCGACCGGCUCGCCGAGGCGUCCCGCCGCGUGGUCGAGGCGGAAGAGGCCAAGCGCCGUGGCGGAGCAUAGAUGGAGUGCGACAUGUCCUGCCUCCAUGCGUCUCAUUCCUCUUCUGCUGUUCUGCUGCUUAAUCUUGUUCAAAGUCUUGUAUGAAAUCGAGUAAAACUUGCCUCAUGUUAUGAAGCUAAUGUUCCUCUAAAUCUAUAAAAUUCUGCAUUGCCUAAGAAUUGCAAAUGGAAAGCAGUUUUCUGU